AUGCACCACGACAGCUCUAUUGGUACGUGUUUGGGACGGUGGAUGCGGUCUGCGGUGGGUGCGUGUCCGCGCAGCCGGCACCGUGUGCAGCGCAGGGCCAUUGCGGCUGUGCGUGUGGCGCUGCUUGUUGUGUUGGCGCUGGUUGCGGCGGCGGCGUGGAUGCCCGCGGUGCAUGCGGUGGUGUUGCGACUGCGGGGCGGAACGGUGGACAGAGCCGUCACGGUUGGCCGCGCCGUGGACACGGUGCUGAUGGACGGCGUGUACAUGACGAACGGCGUGGCUGUUGUGUUCGACGUGCCGGCGAUGCUUCCCGGCGCGCUGCGCAUCGAACUGAGGAACUGCGUGUGCAACGGCGGUGCGCAGAUCUACGUGCGGGGCUACAGCGGCGAGCCGGCGAGUGACCGGAGCCUGGAGGUGAGCGUGAGCGGGCUGUCCGGGAGCUACUGCUCCCUUGUGUUUGUGCACAACCUGCCGGCACACACGAACGUGACGGUCCGUGACUCGACGAUUGUGACGGCGGGGCCGAUGCGCUACUCCCAGCUGAGCGGGCUGACGGACGCGGUGGCGUCGCCGCUUGUGCUGUACGCGACCUCGCUGUUGCAGACGCAGCUGCGUGUGAGCAGCACGGUGCUGAGGUCGUUGCAGGCGGGCGGGAUGGCGGUGUACGUUGGCGGCGGUGUGGACCUGCUGUCGAGUGCGGUGGUGCUUGAAGGCGUGUCGCUGGAGGCGUUGGGCGGUGCGACCGCUUCCGCGAUGCAUGUGGCGUCCUCGUCGCGUCUCAGUCUGCGGAGCCACUCGGUGUUCUCCGUGACGAACGUGUCGGUUGUGAGCAGCGGCGGCGGCAUUGUGCUUGGAGAGCGCCUCGCGGUGUCCGACUCGGUGCUGCGCUUCGUGGGCGUCGAGGGGUCUGUCGCGUCGUCGCUGGUGCGCUGCGACGGUGGGACGGUCGGUGCCGGCGGGUGGCUGGAGCUGCACGACGUGUGGGCGGUGGGCGAGGCGUCGUCGGUGGCAUCGUCUGUGGCGUCGCUGUCGGGGGUGACGCUGAGCGGCGGCACCGUGUCGAUUGCGCGCAGCACUGCCACCGGCGCUACGCUUGUCUCCGGGCCGACGAUCACGAGCGGCGUCGUGUCGGUGCAGUGCAACCGUGCCGGUGGCCGUGUGUUGCGGAGCAGCGGCGACUACCGUUUGGCCGGCCUGCCUUCCGUGAGCGUGGUGCCGUGCGACGGCUGUGCGGCAGCGCUGGCGUGCUUUGAUGGACUGACGGCGUCGUUCACCGACUGCGUGUGCAGCUGCAGCGACGGCGGCAUGGGCGAGGCGUGCCUGCCGUUCGACGUGCCGCUUGCGAGGGCCGGCGGCGGUGGUGGCGAUGGCUCGGAGGGCUGCGUGAGUGGCGUGACGCUGACGGAGUUGGUGACGGUUGGCGGCGUGCGUGCGACGGCGUGCUUCGACUCGGUGGUGUUCAGCGGGCCGAUCACUUUGGCGGUGGAACUGCGCUCGAUGGAUGCGUUUGCCGACGCGCUGAACGUGACGCUGCGCCACUGCGUGCUUGCGGGCGGCGCGCAGCUGCGGAUUGGCGGCCUCAGCGAGAGCACGGCGCGCCUGAUGCCGCACGUCCUCGUCAACAUGACGAAUGUGACGUCGAUGGAGGGCACGAUCGUGCUGCAUGGCGCGAUGCCGCCGAACUCGAGUGUGCUGCUGGCGAACUCAACGCUGCGCGCGACGGUUGGCGGGUCGCAGUACGUGCAGACGACCACUGGCUUCGCGGGAUUUCGGUACGGCCCCGCGCUUGUCCUGGACGGCGUCCGGCUUCUGUCGACGCGGUUUGUCAUGACGCGGUCGACGCUGGUGUGUGGCGGGGGUUCGUGCGCUGCGAUCCUCGUGGAGCGCGGCCUCGGCGCGAACCUGUCCAGCGUAUUCUACAUGGACAACUGCGUCGUUAUUUCGGAGACGCACGUGAUGUACGCCCUUGCGUCGGAACUGCGUGUUGACGGCGGCUCCGUGUUUUCCAUACAGAACAGCUCGUGGAGUGCGCCGAGCACCGAAUACUACAAAGGCGCGUGUGGGUUUAAGGAUGUUGUUGUGGAUGGAGGCAGCGUGCUGCAGAUCGUGUCCAGCACUUUUCGUCUCGGCUUUGCCAUGCUCAUCACAAACACGCUGACUGUGACUGGCGGCAGCUGGCUGGUGCACCGCGACAACGAGUUCCGCACCGCCUACGUUUUGUACGUGGUCAACGAGAAUGGCGUGGCGUUCCACGAUCGGAGUGUGUGGUCGAUACUACACAACUACUUCACGUACGGCUCGUACUCGUCAACCAUUCUACUUAUGACAAGCAAGUGGUCAUCACCAUCCGACGCGCGCCCGAUCAUCUACGGCGUGUGCAACGAGGCAAGGGGCUCUCCUGUGACGGAUUACCGAGAAGAGCUCAAUAUUGGGACGCCCGUGACGAUACUGGACUGUGGUGCGUGCACCAUGGACGCCGUGUGCUUCGCAGCGAGGACGAGCAGCAUCAGCGGCUGUGAGUGUGUGUGCGCUGCUGGCGGAUACGGUGACACGUGUCUGCCAGCUGCGGUUCCGGACGGUCUUGGGCCGCUCCCGCUCCCCGAUGCGGACGACACGGAGGUCCGCUGCGUGCACGGUGGCAGCAUCAGCUCCGUGGACUAUCCUGAUCCCGGUGUGCGUGGUCUGUGCUUCGUCAACGUGACCUUCACUGCCGUGAUCGUGCUUGACCUGUGGAGUUUUGACGCACCACAACAGAUACUCAACAUCACGCUGCUGCAGUGCGUCCUCGUGGGCCUGUCGAUCAGGGGGAGUGGUGCGCGCGUGUACGUGAGCGUGGUCUCCUCGAUGAUGGAUUCUGGUGCAUUGGAGUUUAAGGGUUAUUUUGGCGCGAGCUCCCAGAUACUGGUGGUGGGUAGUGCGAUUGUGUCGACGUUGAGCUACGCCUUUGCCUUUCCGGAAUUCUCCCUCGGUGCAAACUCGACGCUGCUGCUACUUGACAACCACAUUGAGGGAAAUAAUUACGCAGUUUAUAUAUCCGAAACUAUUGUUGUUGAUGGUGGUGGGAUCAUUGUGAAGGGAAAUACGCUGAGCACAACGAAGGAUGAGGGUGUGGAAUCAUCUGUUUUUGUUUACGCUGUUGACAUGAGGAACGGCGGCUACUUUAGCAUAGAGAACAACACGAUGAGUGCGGCUAAUGGCGUUCAUGUUUUUGGGUGUACCACCGUGAGGUCCGCGGGGCUGCUGCGAGUGGUGGACAGCACCUUCUUUGGCAGCACGAGGGUUUCCAAUUCCGCGCUGGUGCAUUUGUCUGGCUCUGUGACCCUCGAGGGAGGUGCGCAGUGGCGUGUGGAGGGCAACAACGUCGGUGUAGUUUCGGUAUUGGCUAUUCCGCAUUUCUGGCACAAAAUUAGGCUGUUGGGCAUCGGCACCAUCGUGUCGCUUGCACACAACCGUCAGGUGGGCUCCAGAAUGCCUCUUUUCAAUAUAUUUUUAGCGAGCAUUGUCGUGGCGUCACCCGCACGGUUUGUGGUUGGGUGCAACCUGCAGGGCGGUAGGGAGGUGUUGUACGACGAUGUGUUUCCGGUGGAAGUGGAGGUGUUCGGGUGUGGCACAUGCAACGAAGACGCGGCGUGCUACAUGCCCGGGACGGAGUCGGUGGACCGCAGCUCGUGCUCGUGCAGCUGCAAGGACGGAUGGCAUGGCGCGUCGUGUCUUCCUUUCGGGGUGCCCGACUUUUCUUUGCCGCCCGUAGCGGAGAGAGUCGUUGACGGCGACACGAGCUGCGUGGUGAACCAGACGCUGACGAACCUCGCGCCGAACAUGUGGAAGACGCACCACUGCUACGUGGAUGUGACAUUCAGCGGCGUGGGUGCCGUGCUGACGUUUUUCCUCGACAGUAUGCCGCUGCAUCUCCCCAUCAACAUCACGCUCACUGGAUGCACAUUCCGUGAGGGUGCCGCGCUGCAGUUUGUCGGGGGUGUUGAGGUGGCCGAGUCAGCCGGUGUCCUGAUCCGCGUGAGCCAGACGGUGAUGCGGUCCUCUGUUGUUGUGUUUUCACUUGCCCUCCCGCAGCGCUGCGACAUCGCCGUCACGGAGGUUGAUGCGGUACAGUCCUCUACAGUUCAGUUUUUGGAUACUGUGAGAAAGAUGCUGAGCGUAUUGUUGCUGGACGACGUCGUGUUGAGUGCGUCCUCGUUGUUGGUCGGCAACGUCAAUGCGCAUGCAACGAAGCGUGAUGCGUAUGGUUUGUACUCGAUUGGGACGCUGACGCUGGAGCGUGGCAGCUCGCUGUACGCGCGUUACUGCAGCUUUGAUGGGUACGAACACCUGUUUUACGUGUACAGGCUCAGUGUGAGUGAUCACUCUGUUUUUGCGCUGCUCAACAAUACAAUGUCCUCUGGUACGAGCCUCCUGUAUCAGCACCACAGAUUCAGCGUGUCGGAGCAUAGCGUGUUGCGCGUGGUGGGGAACAGCGGUAUCGUGGCCUGCGCCAUCUACGCAGAAGACUUGUGGACCGUCCAAAGGUCAAGCUGGCUGGAUUGGCGCGACAACAGCGUGGGAGUGGGUGCGAUGUUUCACGAAUCCGAGUUCGCUUCCUUUGCCAUUGACGGCAGUAGUGUGGUGACGCUGACGGGCUGCGGGAUGGGCUCGACGGGAUUGUCGAGGCCUCUGCUAUCGCAGGCUGAAGCCGGCUACGGGUUCAUUGCCGGAUGUCUGACGGUUGCAGGACGAGUUUUGACGACGACGGGAGAACUGGAGCUGAAUGGCAUCACCAAGGUGACGACGGUUACCGCGUGCGGGGAUUGCACGAAGGACGGCGACUGCUUUGCACCGCUGACGACGGCGGUCAUUGACUGCAAGUGCCAGUGCGCUGCUGGAGGGCACGGCGAAGUGUGCGUCCCUGCGCCUGUGCCCGCCGGGCCGCCACCACCGCCGUCGCCACUGCUACCGCCACCGCCGCCGAUUGGUGAGUGCAUCAGCGACAUGGUGUACCCCGAGGUUGCGCAGGCCGUGGGCGGCGGUCUGUCGUGGCUGUGCUACCGCAACGUGACGUUCAGCGGGGGCGGCAUGGGCCUGACGGUGCUGAUUGGGGGGAUGAAGGGCGACGUGGCGAACGUCACGUUCGAUGGAUGCACGUGGAGGGACGGCGCCGUUCUGUUGCUGUUGGGCAACGCGUACGCCGCUGUGGGGUCGCUGAACAUUGUCGUCACCGGCAACACAUUCAUUGACGCGCUGCUCAGCCCGGAGGGUGGGUUUCCACCACGCACGAACAUCACGAUCAACGGGAACCGCUUCACGGUCACGAGAAUGAUCCCUCGGCUGGGUUUGGACCUUAGGAGGCCGUCGUGUGUUGCGAUGAAUGGACUGGCGAUCAGCAACUACUCUGCGGUGGUGCUCAGUGGCAAUGCGUUUCAGACCAUGACGACAUCGUCAAGCGCCAUUCAAGUUGUCAGGUAUGCGCUGAGGGUGACGUGGCACUCUGUUUUUGCGGUGUUGGGCAACGCGUUUCAUAUGGCUGGUGGCGAGGGCACACCGAUACAUCUUGAAGGUUAUGCCGAAUCCUUGUCACUGUUUGUACUGAACGGCUCUGCUGUGGUGGUCCGAGGCAAUCUUGUGUCGAGCCUGGUGCAGUACGUCAUCAUAUUUGUUUGUUUUUUUUGUGUGGAGUCUCGGUCAGCGGUUGUUUUUCGGGACAACGACAUGCAAGGAAGCUCGGCGGUUUUUUUUUCAAGCCACCAUUCCCAUAUUUACUACAACUCUUGGCUGCAGUUGAGCGGCAACCUCUGCCGCGUGUCCCCAGUGGGUGCUUUUGCUGUUUUGAAUCCCACAGUGAAUCUCCGCGACUCCACGGUGUCCGUGUCCGGCAACCAGUUUAUGUCCAGCAAGGGCACGCACACAGCGUUAUGGAUAUACUCACGACCCAGCGAUCUCACAAACGUAGCGAUUGUGGCUGCGUGCAACACUGUGAACGGCGAGGAGGAAGCGAACUACGUUAUUCCGUCCGUGUACAAUGCCACCAUUCUGACCUGCAGCGACCCAUGCGCCCUCGCGACGUCGUGCUUCCCCGCGUACACGACGACGGCUUCGAGUGAUGGCUGCACCUGCGCAUGCGCUGAGGGCGGCCAUGGCGAUGCGUGCCUGCCCGUUGCUGUCCCCGAGCCGCCGAGCACCGACGGCGCCGACUUGUGCGUGCGGGACGUGCGUGUGGGUGUGAAGGUGAACGCCGGUCUCGGGACGUCGGUGGUGUGCUACGUUGGUGUGACCUUUGCGGCGGACGUCGUGGUGGACGUGGAGUCGAUGUCAGGGAGCGUGCGCAACGUGACGCUGGUGAACUGCACGUUUGUGCGCGGAGCGAGCCUGUACGUUGUUGGGUGGCGUUCCGACCCGCCCGCUGGCGAGCGUGCCGAUGUGUUGAUCAGCGGGCUUGAGUUGCGUUCCGGCGGCGGCGUGCUGGUGGCUAACCGAUUUCCGCCGGGCUCGCGCGUCACUGUGGUGGACUCGGUGCUGAUCGCAGAGAAGCGCGUUGCGUACCAUGACGCCUACGACCUUGGCGACGCCUCCGCGUGCCUCGUGUUGCACAACGUGAAUCUGACGGGGAGCGUGCUGACCAUUGCGCGCACGCAUGUGGCGGCUGUGUUCCGUGACGCUGUUGGCGUGCUUGUGGUUGGCGGCGUGGCGCUGUCGUCGCGCGGUGCGCUGUACGUGGACGGGCUGUUGGUGCAGGCGGCGCUGGGGCUGUGCGUGUCGGUGGAGGGCGGCGUUGCGGCCAGCGGCGGCUCCGUGGUGGCGUUUGUUGACAGCGACUUCCUGCUGUGCAAGCACGCGGUGUCUGUGCGUGGGGCUGUGAGCGUGUCGGGCUCCGUUGUGGCGUUUGUGCGGAGCGACUUUGCGUCGACGGAAGAAUACGCGGUGGCGUUUUAUUCGACGGUGAGUCUGGCCGACGGGUCGAUGCUGCUGGCGAAGGGCAACGUGCACGACGGCGCCUCGAGGGAGAUGCUUUACGCCGCUGGCGCCGUGGCCGCUGCUGGGAGCACGCUGAGCCUUGUGCGCAACCGAGCACUGCUGUCUCGGAUGCUGUCGCUGAGCCUGUCGCUCUCGGCUGGGGCGCAUGUGAGGGUGGCGUGUAACCACGCUGGUGGACGUGUCCUGUCGACGGCGGAGGAGUACGCAGCGGCUGGUUUUGGCGACGCUGGGCGCAUCGACGUUGUUGGGUGCGACGACUGCGACAGGGACACGUACUGCUACGCCCCCGGGACGGCGUCGGCGAGCAUGAGGAACGGUGUGUGCGCGUGCAUGUGCGGCAGCGGUGGGCACGGCGAGGCGUGCGUGCCUGUGGGUGCACCCGCGCUGCCGCCCUCUGUGGGCACCGCGUCGAGUUUGUUUGUCCGUGAGGGCGUGACGGUGCAGUCGGUGUUCGUUGUGCCUGCCGGUGUGAGCGAGGUGACGCUGCGCCACGUUGUGCUGGACGGCGUGAGUCCGGUGCUCUACGUGCCGUGGAUGGCGCGGGACGGCGUGCGGAUCGUUGUGCAGAACGUGUCGCUGCUGAACGGCGCCGUGCUGUACGUGAUGGGCGGUGGAGCGUUGCGCGAUGCGGAUGGUGCGGGGAGCGACGAGAGCGGGCCGGUGGAGCUGUCGGUGUGCGAUGUGGAGGCGCUGAACGGUGCGCUUGUGCUGACCGGGACGUUUCCCGCGGGGUCUGUGCUGACGGUGACGGACUCCCUGCUGGUUGCCGCGAGGCCGACGCCGCUUGUGUGUCUUCCCGGCUCGCAGUCGUCGCCGUACGCACCGGUGCUUGUGCUGUCGGGCCUGCGGCUCGUGCGGUCCGUCCUGGUUGUGUCUGGCGUUGCUCUCGUGACCGUGAUGACUGGUGGGCGGACGGUGGUGGUGGACGGCGUUGUGCUGGAGCUCGUCGGUGGCGGUGUCGCGCUGGACUCGGCUGUGCUCGGUGGCGAAUAUGCGUUGUACGCGAGUGCGCGCGUGGUUGCGUCGGGGAGCGCUGUGCUGCGCGCGUCGGGGAGCCAGGUGUACGCUGCGCAUGGGCUGGUAUUCGGCAGUGGAGUGGAGGCCAACGCGUCCGCCAUCGUGGUGAAUGACAACACCGGUGCACUGACGGAUGGCGCGCUGCUGGAGCUGCGGGGGUCGGCGUCGUUUGCGUCCGGGUCGUGGCUGUCGGUGCGCGGCAACAGCAUCAGCGGCAGGCUUCUGUCGGUGCCGUCGUACCCGCACAGUGCGGAGCUCGUGCAGAGCACGCUGACGCUCUAUGGGAACGCCGGCCGUGGACCCGUCGUGAUGGACGGCACCGUUGCGCUUGUGGGCGCCGGCCGAAAUUUCGUCGUGGGGUGCCUGACGCUCAACGGGCAGGCGCUGCAGCCGAUGGACUACAGGUCCACCGGCAUCAUCGGGGAAUUCCGCCCCGUGGCGUGUGGUGUGUGCGACGCCGAAGUGCGCUGCUUUGCUGCUACGACGAGGGCGAUGUCGAGGUCGUGCCGCUGCCGCUGUGCUGAGGGCGGGUACGGGCACGACUGCCUGCCGGUGUACCUGCCGCACGUGGACGGGUGCAACCGCACGCACGGCAUUCCGCUGCUGAGCCACACGGCGACGCUGACGGAGACGCGCAGCCCGACGCCAACGUGGACGCCGAGCCCAAGCGCGACGCACUACAGUCCGACGCCGUACGGGCCGACGAAGACGCUGCAGGUGACGGAGACGGUGGCACCGCCGCCCACGCGGACCCCCACAGCGUCGGUGAGCGGCACGCUGUGGUGGAGCGACGUGGCGUGCCCGACGCUUGCUGUGACGACGACGGCGGCUGGUGGAAGUCUGACGCAGAACGACAUCCGCGGCGGUGGGAGCGCCGUCCCGACGCGGCUGAUGGUGGCGCUGCCGCCGCCGUUUCGGUGGGCACGCGACCCGCAUCCCGGCACGCACCUGAGCUUUGUGCCUGUGUCGACGGCGCAGCCGAGCGGGUUUGGCGGUCCGUGGGGAGCGAUGCUGAGCAACGCGACGUGGGUGCGCAACGCGACGAAUCCGUCCACCGUCCUGGAGCUGGCUGUGCCUGUGCACCGCGGUUACUUCAUUGCUGCCGACGAAACGAUAGUCAUUCGCUGCGACGCUGCGGCGGUGUUUGGCGGCUGCAAGGGUGUGCUGCUUGGGUCCUUCACGAUCAGUUCGAACACGCUGCCCGCCGCAGCCAGCGCCCUCUCGGCGAUCACCGGCGUUGUUGCGGGUGCGACGGCUGUUGCCGUGCUGGUGACCGGCGGGCUGGGCUCCGUUCUGGAGUUGCAGGCGCUCGGCGUGUUCGCGAGGAUGCCAUGCGCCUCGGCGCAGGAGCGUGCGAGCACCGUUGCGCUGCCGUACUUCCUGUCGGUGUUUGCUGCCCUUGACCCGCUGUGGAUGGUGGUGGGCAACGCGCUGCUGGCCGCUGUGUUCGGGUGCGUGCACUACGGUGUGACGGCCGCCUUCCAGCGGUGGCGCGGCGUGGACGCGGCGAGUGCGUGGGCUGCGAUGCGGUUCCCGAACCUGACGUACGUUGUGGCGCACGCGAUGCACCUCGGCAUAUUCUUCGGCUCCGUGCUUGCACUGGCGAUGCCCGGCGCCCGCGUGCUGCACCGCGUGAUCGGUGUCGUUGGCGUGCUGUACGGUGUGGCGUUCCCUGCUGGUGUGUGCUACUUGAUUGCCCGCCACACGGGCGCGAGCUUCACGAGGUACUGGCAGUUUUCUAGGAAGCCGCUGCACGAGCGCCUGCUGUACCCCGUCGGGUAUUGGCACCCCGCGGCGCAGCAGCGGAUGUACGGCGGCAUGCUGACGAACAUGAGGGGCGGCCACGUGUACUGGUGCGUGUUCCAGGUGUCGGUGCUGUGUGUGGUGUGCCUGAUUGCGGCUGUGCACCCGCCCGUGGGAGGCUGCCACGUCCAGUACUUCUGCAUGGCUGCUGUGCUGCUUGCGGGUGCAGGCGUGGUUGCCUUCACGAACAUGAUGCGCUCGGCCUUCCUGACGAUGACGCACACUGCGAGCUUUGUGCUCCUUGCACUGCUGUGUCUGGUCAGCGCGGCGAACCACCUUGCGCCGAGCGACGGCGGAGCGAGGGCGUACGUGGCGAUUGUGCUGCUGCUGACGACUGUGCUGCUUGCGGUCACUGUGUACAGCGUCGUUGUGUGGUACGCGGAGGACCGCCACUGGCAGGAGCUGCGCGAGCCUCGGCGUGGUGGGCUGGAGGCGCUGCUGCGCGAUGACGAGGAGAGCGACGAAGAGACGCGGAAGCCGUACGACAUGGCGUCAUCGUCGUACGCCUCAGACACCACCGGCGCGUCCUUGUACCGACCACCCGCAGUGCCGUUGCAGUCUGUGUCCGGUGACACCCGCUCAGACGCGCUGAGUCUACUGGACCGCGCAUCCAGUGCGAGCCUCAAAAGUGAUCGCGCCCUCCUGUGA